AUGGCGUUAGGAGAUGCCGACGUGCAGAAGCAAAUCAAGCACAUGGUUGCUUUCAUCGAGCAGGAGGCCAAUGAGAAGGCGGAGGAGAUUGAGGCCAAGGCCGAGGAGGAGUUCAACAUUGAGAAGGGCCGUCUGGUGCAGGAGCAGCGCCUGAAGAUCAUGGAGUUCUACGAGAAGAAGGAGAAGCAAGUGGAGCUGAAGCGCCGAAUCUACAACUCGCACCUGCAAAACCAGGCCCGUCUGAAGGCGCUGAAGAAGCGAGAAGAUCUAAUCAGGGGCGUCCUCGAGGAUGCCCGUCAGAAGCUGGCUGAGGUGACGAAGGACAUUGACCUGUACCAGAAGGUACUGCAGAAGCUCAUCGCCCAGGCGCUCUUCCGCCUGAUUGAGCAGGAGGUGGUCAUUCGCUGCCGCAAGCAGGACCUCGGCCUGGUGGAGAACGCCCUCGAGUCGGUGCGCAAGGAGUACAAGGAGGCGACGAAGAAGGAUGUGGUCGUGAAGAUCGACAAGGAGCAGUACCUCUCUGCUGACAUUUGCGGCGGCAUCGAGGCGUUCUGCCAGCAGGGCAAGAUCAAGGUGACCAACACGCUGGAGAGCCGUCUCGACCUGAUCAGCCAGCAGCUGCUGCCCGAGAUUCGGGUCGCCCUCUUCGGUCGCAACCCGAACCGAAAGUUCGACGACUAG